UUUUGUGCAUUCAUUCACUUAGACUUAAACACCGCUCGAAACUGUAUUUUAAAGUCAAGUAUUAUUAAUAUUAAUAUAUAUUAGUGUUUAUUACUGUUUAUUACAAUUGAAUUGCAUUUAAAUAUUAUUUGAAACAAAAUAAUAAUAAACACAAACAAAAAAAGAGAGCAAACAUUGAAUUUGAAACUAACUUAACGUUUAUAAGUUGUUUAGUGAGUGUUGGAGUGAUUGUCAGUCAUUAUUAAUGACCAUUCGGUUAGAUAUUUACCGAUAAAAAAAAAUGUCGACACCUCCCGUGCCGUACGGCACACCACCACCACCACAACCACCUCCAUCAUCAUCAACAUCAAUGCCGCCUCAAUCAGGAGGAGGAGGAGGAGGAGGGGGAACUGGCAUUAGUGGUCUACACAGUGGACCGGCUAUUGGACCCGGAGGAGGACCCGGCGGCAGCGGACCGCCACCGUUACCACCGCAAAUGACACCAAUGAACCAGUUGAUGAUGAAUUACGGUCCGCCGCCACCACCACACCAUCAACAGCCUCCGCUGCCGCCGCAACAACAACAACAACAGUUUGGAGGACCGCCAACAGGAGGUCCACCACCACAUCAAUCACCACUAACAGGCGCUAUGAUUAAUACAAUUGGUGGACAACAACAACAACAACCACCUCAACAACAUCAUCCGCCAACUAGACAGACACCACCACCGACUGCGCCCUCUCCACAGGGAUUGGUACCGCCAUCGCCGGCACAUUCGCCGUCAGGGCAGCCAAUGCCGCCGAUGAAUGCGAUGAACGGUGGUCUCGCCGGCGAGUACACGAUUGGUGGCGGUGGUGCUAUGAUUGAAAGCCGACUCAAUACACACCAGGCGACUCAACUUCGUUACCAAAUAAUGGCCUACCGAUUGUUGGCCCGCAGUCAGGCGAUUCCCGAGCACAUCACACAGGCUUUGCUCGGCGGUAAACGAAUGACACCAUCGCCUCAAAUGUUGGCACCGUCUCCUCAGAUGCAGAUGCAAAUGCAACAGCCUAUGGGUCCGCCUCCUCCACCACCACCGCACCAAUGGAGGCCACUAAUGGAUAACUCAAUGUCGAUGGUGCGCUCACCAAUGGGUCCGCCCAAUACACCACCAAUGGCACCGGUGUCAUCAGUCGGACCACCAGUUGCGCCUGGUUCUGUAACUGGUCAACAGCCACCACCACCACCUGCAUUAUCUCCACAUAUGCCGCCACAAACUACUUCGGCAAUGCAGCAGCAUCAGCAGCCGCCGCCUGGAGUGUCAGCACAAUUGCCGCCACCGUUAAUGAAUCAGAUGCCAAUUCCAGGAGCCCCGGCUCCACCAAUUGGGCCCAACGUAACAAAUAAGCUGCCAAUGGUCGCCGCCUCGACGGGUGGUGGUCAAGCAAUGGCAUCGACACAAAUGGGUCCGCCAAUGGUGAACGAGCCGCAGCCGGCUAGCGGUCCACCAAUCGGUCAGAUGACUCAGCAACAGAUAAAUGCUUAUCAAGGAAUGAUGGCUCAACUGCAGCAACAGAAACAAAGUCGUGUCACACCAGUGGCCAAACCGCAGGGCAUGGAUCCGAUUGAGAUCCUAAAAGAAAGAGAGAAUCGUAUCUCUCAACGAAUUGCCCACCGAAUAAUCGAAUUGUCGACUCUGCCGGCAAAUUUGCCCGAAGAUUUGCGGACCAAAGCCAUGAUUGAGUUACGAGCACUUCGACUAUUGAACUUUCAGAAACAAUUACGACAAGAAGUGGUUUCUUGUAUGAGAAAGGAUACUAUUCUGGAGACUGGACUCAAUCCCAAACUCUAUAAGCGUACGAAACGAAUUGGUUUACGAGAGGCCAGAGUCACCGAAAAAUUGGAGAAACAGCAGAAGAUUGAACAGGAAAGGAAACGACGACAGAAACAUCAGGAAUACCUGAACGCUGUCCUACAGCACGCAAAAGACUUCAAAGACUAUCACCGAAAUACUUUGGUUAAGGUGUCCAAAGUGAACAAAGCUGUGGCCGUAUAUCACGCCAACACCGAACGCGAACAGAAGAAAGAACAGGAAAGAAUCGAAAAGGAAAGAAUGAGACGUUUGAUGGCCGAAGACGAAGAAGGCUAUCGUAAACUGAUUGACCAGAAGAAAGAUAAACGAUUGGCGUUCUUGUUGUCGCAAACCGAUGAGUAUAUUAAAAAUUUGACGGAUAUGGUUAAACAACAUAAAGAUGAACAACGAAGGAAAAAGAAAGAGAAACGUAAGGUCAAGAAGAAAAAGAAACCGCAAACAACUGAAGGCGACAACAAACCGGAGGGAAAUAGUGCUGCCAAUGAUUCAAUACAAACGGAAGGACUUAUGGACGAGUCGUCGCAACAUUCGGAGAUUCACGUGAAUGUUAUGGAUCCGGACGGCAAUAUAAUCAGUGGUAAGGACGCACCAUUGGCCUCCCAGUUGAAGGCAUGGCUGGACGUACAUCCCGGCUAUGUUGAAGCGCCGCGCGAUGACGAGGAAUACGAAGAAGAGGAAUAUGAAGAAGACGAAGAAGAGGAAUACGAUGACGAAGAAAAGGCUAUCGAGAUAUCUAACGCUAUUCAACAGCAGCUGAAGAGUCCCGAUUUAACUAAUCUGAAGCCAGUGACCACUGAGGACGACGAGUAUAACAAAGAACAUCAGGAUCAGGUCAACUACUAUAAUAUUGCUCACGGCAUCAGAGAAGUGAUUACCGAACAGCCGUCAAUUAUAUCGAGUUUCGGCAAACUAAAGGCCUACCAAAUCAAAGGUCUCGAAUGGCUGGUAUCACUCUAUAAUAACAAUCUCAAUGGCAUUUUGGCCGAUGAGAUGGGCUUAGGAAAGACCAUUCAGACGAUUGCUUUAGUCACUCAUCUAAUUGAACACAAACGCAAUAACGGGCCGUUUCUUAUAAUAGUACCCCUGUCGACAAUGUCUAAUUGGAUGCUUGAGUUUGAUCGAUGGGCGCCCACUGUCAGCAAAGUAGCCUACAAAGGUUCGCCAAAUGUCCGCCGAAUAAUGUCUACUCAGAUGAAGUCGACAAAGUUUAACGUAUUGUUGACGACAUACGAGUACGUAAUCAAAGACAAGGCUAUAUUGGCAAAGAUUCGAUGGAAAUAUAUGAUCAUCGAUGAGGGACACCGUAUGAAGAACCAUCACUGCAAGUUGACACAGAUUCUCAACACCCACUAUAUGGCACCCCAUCGACUGUUGCUGACGGGAACGCCGUUGCAAAAUAAAUUGCCCGAAUUGUGGGCAUUACUCAACUUUUUGUUGCCAUCGAUAUUCAAAUGUUGUAACACUUUUGAACAGUGGUUUAACGCACCGUUUGCCACAACCGGCGAAAAAGUGGAACUAAACGAAGAGGAAACGAUUCUUAUCAUUCGUCGCUUACAUAAAGUUUUGCGACCGUUUCUGCUCAGACGUCUCAAGAAAGAAGUGGAGAGUCAGUUGCCCGACAAAGUCGAGUAUUGUGUUAAGUGCGAUAUGUCGGCACUUCAGCGACUACUCUAUCGACACAUGCAGAGCAAAGGUGUAUUGCUUACCGAUGGCUCCGAAAAAGACAAGAAAGGCAAAGGCGGAACACGAACACUGAUGAACUCUAUAAUGCAGUUGAGAAAGAUAUGUAACCAUCCGUUUAUGUUUCAGCACAUCGAGGAAGCGUAUGCCGACCAUUGCGGCUCAUCCGACAAAAUAGUGUCCGGGCCUGAUCUGUUUCGGGCGUCCGGAAAAUUUGAACUAUUGGACAGAAUAUUGCCGAAACUGCGGGUAACAAACCAUCGUGUAUUGCUUUUCUGUCAGAUGACAACAGCGAUGACAAUACUCGAAGACUAUUUCAAUUACCGAAGUUUUACUUAUCUGCGACUCGACGGUACCACCAAAGCUGAAGACAGAGGCCAACUGUUGGAAAUGUUUAACGCCAAGGAUUCGCCCUAUUUUAUCUUUCUUUUGUCCACUCGAGCCGGUGGUCUGGGACUUAAUCUUCAAGCGGCCGACACUGUCAUCAUAUUUGAUUCGGAUUGGAAUCCGCAUCAAGAUUUACAGGCUCAGGACAGGGCUCACCGAAUUGGCCAGAAAAAUGAAGUACGAGUAUUGCGUUUGGUUACCGUCAACUCGGUUGAAGAGCGCAUUUUAGCCGCCGCUAAGUAUAAGUUGAAUUUGGAUGAGAAGGUGAUUCAGGCCGGUAUGUUUGACCAGAAAUCUACCGGCACUGAACGCAAACAGUUUCUACAGGCAAUUCUUCAAAAUGAUGAACAAGACGAAGAUGAAGAUGAAAAUGAAGUGCCGGACGAUGAGAAUAUCAAUGGUAUGAUUGCCCGAAGCGAAGAAGAGUACGAUAUGUUCGGACAGAUGGACAUUGACCGCCGACGCGAAGAAGCCAAGAGUAUAAAGCGUCGGCCGAGGCUUAUGGAAGAGGACGAGUUGCCGUCCUGGCUCAUCAAAGACGACGCCGAAGUUGAACGACUGACCAAUGAGGAAGAAGAGGACAAACUGUUUGGUCGCGGCUCACGACAGCGCAAAGAAGUUGAUUACAGCGAUUCGUUGACUGAAAAACAGUGGCUCAAAGCCAUCGAAGACGGCAAUAUUGACGAAUUGGAGGCCACCGAAGGCCGAUUGAGUCGAUCGGCGAAACGGCCGCGCGGUAAGGGUAAAGGCAAAAAACGAAAGGGUGGCGACUAUGACUACGAUGACGAUAAUAAGUCAACGCCACCGCCUAUCAAGAAAAAGAGAGGUCGACCAACACUCGAAAAACAUCCACCAAAUCCACCCAAACUGAUGGCCAAAAUGAAAAAACUGCUUCACUUUGUCGUCAAUUAUGUCGACGCCGACGAUCGGGUAUUGUCCGAAGCCUUUAUGGAAUUGCCGUCGCGUAAAGAAUUGCCCGAUUAUUACGAAGUGAUUCGCAAACCAGUGGACAUUAAGAAAAUCAAGAAUCGUAUCGGCAAUCAUCGGUACAGAAAUCUGGACGAUCUUCAGGAAGACUUUAUGCAGUUGUGCCGAAACGCACAGACCUAUAACGUCGAAGGAUCGCUCAUCUAUGAGGACUCAAUUAUGUUGCAAUCGGUGUUCACCAAAGCCAGAGAAAACUUUGAAAAAAAUGACGACUCGUUUACACCAGAAGACGACAACACCAACACUAAUAACAAUAAUAAUGACGACGACGAAGAGGGAGAGGAAGAUAAUGACGACGACGAUGUCGAUGAUGACGAUGACGAUGACAACAACUCGAACAUUAAAAUGAAAAUCAAAAUGAAAAGCAAAAACCGAUCGUCGGAACCGUCGACUAGUGGUUCGCGAAAUAAGCCGCGAAUGGCCCGACAAAUCAAACGAUACGUUUCAGAUGAUGAAGACUCUGAGGAAACCGAUGAAUGAUUUCAUAUUUAUUGAUAAUAAUUAUAAUAAUAACAGCGUUUAAAAAUACAUUUGACACAAACAAACACACACUUACUUUAACAUAAUUAUUGCACAUUUGGUAACAUUUUCCCCUAUUUUAUAGCAAUUUUUCAAAUUCUUUAUCCCUAACUCUGUCCUAUCCUUUGUUUUUCUUAUUUGAUUUA